UGAUGACUUCGCGAGGGAGACGCGUUGGCAAAGUGCUGCUUUACUCCAACGCACGUCAGCUUAAAAGCAGCAUCACUCUGUGUGGCUCAGCCUGCUCAGCCUCAGGGCCCAAGAGCUUGGGAGCUUUAGAGCAUUUGGUAGAUAACCAGAGUGGACUCUUUCAUUUUUCGAGAUUUCUCUCCUAUGAUGAGGUUUCGUUAGUCAUGUCUAAAAAUUCGAACUCUUGAAAUCUGGAUCAUCGUCACUUCUUGUUCCGACUGUUAUUAAUGUUCCACCCCAAUUCAGCGAGUCUGCCCCGCAGUCAGCCCUGAAAGUAGGUACUCGAGGUCGGUACUCGAGCACUCGUACUGAUGGCCCAACCCCUCCUUCCCCUUCCCCCUUUCACCUCUCAAUCCUCAAUACCUUCGUUUCUCCCUAUCCCGCUUAGAAUUACCAUCGAAACAUCUUUAUUAUACCCGAUUCAACCCCAGCACCAAAUUCAAGAUGGCAGGCUCUCACAAGACAGUACGGACUAUCAACGCAACGCAACUCCUCCCUCACUAACCCCUUGAUUUCAGGAUACGCCUGAAAUGGCAGCCUACAAGGAGGCAUUCUCACUCUUCGUGAGUUCACUUUCCUAGCUCUUCUCUAGCUCUAGAACUAACAGAACCCCAAAGGACACAGACAAUGAUGGUAUGCGAUCCCAAUCCUCUAAAGAAACAACUACCAACCCCCCCAUCCAGGCUUCAUCACCAAACAAGAACUCGGCGCCGUCCUCAAAUCCCUCCAAAUUAACGCCACCGACUCCGAAAUAGAAGACAUGAUCAACGAGGUAGACCUCGAUCAAACCGGCACAAUCGACUUGGAAGGUCCUUUCCCCUUUUCGCUCCGCUCCAAGGUUCAAGCUGACGAUGCUGUAUUGUAGAAUUCAUCAAGAUGAUGAAAAUCGAGACGAAACCCUCGAGCUUCGAGCAAGAAAUGCGCAGCGCCUUUAAGGUUUUCGACAGUGAUGACAGUGGACAUAUUUCCGUCGAUGAGUUGAGGAAGGUGAUGAGUAGUUUUGGGGAGGCGUUGAGUGAGGAGGAGAUUAAGAUUAUGAUCCAGGAGGUCGACAAGAAUGGGGAUGGGCAGAUUGAUUGUGUGUACACCCUUUCCUCUCGAUCCAAUUUGGGAACUUGGGUUGGCUAAUAUGGGGUGUGACAGAUGAAGAAUUCGUCAAGUUCUUUUUAGAUGAGAAAUGAGGUGGGUUUACAUGGGGUGACGCUUUUGGACGGUAGGUUUACUUUCUUGGUAUGUUUCCUCGAUAGUCUGGCUUGAAUGCUGGUUGUAGAAGGGGAAUGUUUGAAGGUCCCAAGUGAAUUUGG